AUUCACAUACAAAGAGAUAGAGAAAAAAGAGAAAAGCUUGCGAGCGAUGGUGACUAUGUCUGGCACCCGCACCGCCCUGGCGCACGAGGGCUUGGAUUAUGGUCCCAGGCUGGUGGCGCCGCGCCGCAGCAGGCUAAGCGUCGUCGCCGUUGCGGUGCGGACCAGGCCGGCCAGCCUCGCAGUCCCGGGCCUCCCGCCCCCGACGCCGGAGCCCGUGCUGCCGUCGCCGCCCGUGGCCGCAGGCGUCGCGGCGGUGCUGCUCGAGGCGGGCGUGCCGCCCGCGGACCUCCGGCGCGCGGCGGGGAUGUGCCCGGAGCUGCUGUCCGUGCCCGCGGAGGCCGUCGCGGCCGCGCUCCGGUUCCUGACGGAGGAGGCGGGCGUCCCGGAGGCGGAGCUCCAGCGCGUGCUCCGGCGGCGCCCGCGCCUGCUCGUGUGCCCCGUGGCGGCGCGGCUGCGGCCCACGCUCUACUUCCUGCGCGCGCUCGGCGUGCCCGACCUGCACCGCCGCGCCGACCUGCUGUCCUUCUCCGUGGAGGACAAGCUGCUGCCGCGGAUCGAGUUCCUCGAGUCGCUAGGCCUGCCCGCGCGCGCCGCUCGCUCCAUGGCGCGCCGCUUCCCCGCGCUCUUCGGCUACGGCGUGGACGGGAACAUGCGGCCCAAGGCGGAGUACCUCCUGGGCGUGGGCGCCAUGGGCCGCCGCGCCGACGAGCUGUACGAGUUCCCCGAGUACUUCUCCUACGCGCUGGCCGCGCGCAUCGUGCCGCGCCACGAGGCGUGCGCCGCGAGCGGGGUCGCGAUGCCGCUGCCCGCCAUGCUCCGCCCCGGGGAGGCCAAGUUUCGCGCCACGCUCGAUAGCUGCGUCGGGUCCACGCUGCCCCGGAGGCGGUCGGCGCUGUGGCACGCCACGUGGGUGGACGACGACGCGACGGCGGCGAAGGAGACGAUGGUGUGACGUGCGCAUUAUAUUGGUAGGCUGGUAGCGUAUAUGCGUAUGUCCAUAUGGCAUUGGCUGCUUGUAAGUAUGAGAGCCAUGAUGAAUCUGGUUGCGUGCUUCUUCCAUCAGGUGAACGGAGGCAUUAAUUCUUGCUUGGCUAUACUUGGUUGUGCUUAUAUAGCCAUGCAGGUGAUUGUUACCCUGAUCGUGUGAAUAUACACUCCUCCCAGAGGCUUGGGCGUCA